AUGGAUGGCAAUGCAGGUUAUAAUCAGAUCAUGGUGGCAGAAGAAGACAUCCACAAGACAGCCUUCAUGUGUCCAGGAAAUAUAGGUGCUUUUGAGUACACUGUAAUGCCUUUUAGCUUAAGAAAUGCAAGAGAUACUUAUGAAAGGGCAAUGAAUUUUGUCUUCCAUGAUAUGAUAGGGCAUUCUUUGGAAGUGUAUAUCGAUGAUGUGGUGAUUAAAUCCCCAGAGGAGGGAAACCACAUAUCAAAUCUAAGGAAGGCAUUCCUAAGAAUGAGGCAACAUAAACUAAAGAUGAACCCAAAGAAGUGUGUUUUUGGAGUUCAAGCAGGAAAUUUCCUAGGAUUCUUGGAACAGAACUUCAAGUGGGAAGAACAGCACCAACAAGCUUUUGAGGAAAUCAAACAUUACCUCUCAAAUCCACCAGUUCUAGCCCCACCAAAGAGAGGCAGACCACUCGAGCUCUAUGUAUCUGCAUCAGAGGUAUCCAUUAGAAGUCUGUUAGUUCAAGAUAACAAAGAAGGGAAAGAGCAAGCAGUCUACUAUCUGAGCAGAACUCUGACAGAAGUAGAAAGAAAAUAUUCUCCAAUUGAAAGACUUCGCCUAGCCUUGUACUUCACAGCUGUGAAGCUCAGACAUUACAUGCUGCCAUACACCAUCUUCGCCUAG